UUCUUUUUUGAAGGGGCGACCGCCUAACCCUCCCCUCCUUGGUAUGAAUUUUUUAUGUUAUAUAUAUGUGUAACUCAAAGCAACGUGAAAGAGACGUCAUGAAAUGAAACCCUGAAAUUCCAAAAACCAAAUGUUUUAAGAUCUGUUUGGUUCUCGAUGUGGGAUCAUGAAUUUAGAAACUUUCACUGCCCUACAGACCACACCUGCAGUAGGGUUUCAUUAUCAGCAGCAGAUCCGUGUUCAUUCAUGAGGUUGAACUGCACUGACUCUUUACAAAGUCCCAUCGGCUAUGGUCGCUCACUUGAAAAAGCCCUUGCUUUUUCACAUUCAUCGUCCUCUCAACCACCGUUUUCUUCAGUUGGCGCCACUCCUAAUUCUUGCAUUUCUUAUUCCUCCACCCAAGAUGGUUCAGACAAGAGUAACAAAGAUUGUCAGCUCAAGGAGCUAGAAGAUUGGAGUGAAAGCUCUAAGAAAGGGAACAAAUUAGCAAACAAGAAAGGAGAGAAAAAGCACAAAGAAACUCGAUUUGCUUUCAUGACUAAGAGUGAAGUUGAUCUCCUUGAAGAUGGGUACAGAUGGCGUAAAUAUGGACAAAAAGCUGUCAAGAAUAGCCCUUACCCAAGAAGUUAUUACAGGUGCACAACUCAGAAGUGUAGGGUAAAGAAAAGAGUUGAAAGGUCAUUCCAGGAUCCAUCAAUGGUGAUCACAACAUAUGAAGGCCAACAUAAGCACCCGCUUCCCACAACAGUAAAGCGGCCAAUGCUAUUCCCAUCUUUCAUGUUGGGGCCAUCGCCACCACCGCCGAGGAGGCGGCAUGAAUUGUUUACGCGGAUGCCUGGAGACAUGAAUAAUUACCAAGUUGCGGCUGGUGCAGAUUCAUUAAUGUUUGCGGAAAACUUUAGCCCUUUUCUGCAGGUUCCUGACAACGGACUUCUCCAAGACAUGGUUCCUUCUGCAUUCCUUAAGCACGAACCAUAUGAACAAUGAAUCUUUGCUCUCCACUAUACUACCCCUCUCUCUCUAUAUAUAAUAUAAUACUUCUGAUAAUAUCAGCUUAUCUUAACUUCUCUAGAGCCUAAGUGUAAGAGGAUUUCAAUUCAAACUGGUAAUGUUGGCACAUAAUUAAAUUAAUCUUGUACAAAAUAAAUUAUGAAGAGUUAGAAAUGUGAAGAAAUUUGAAGAUGAAGAGUUAGAAAUGUGAAGAGAUUUGAAGAUGAAGAGUUACACACAUGCAUGAAUAGUCACAACUCCUAUUGCAUUUAAGUGAUGUAGAUGAAUAGUCACAACUCCUAUAGCAUUUAAGUGAUGUAGAUGAAUAGUCACUUACAACUCCUAUAUAAAGAGUUGUAUGUGAUGAAGCAUAAGUAGAGUAUGAAAUAAAAAGAAAAGUUUGUUAGA